AUGGGCUUCAUCCUCCAGACCGGCGUCUUGUUCGCCGUCAUCCUCGCCGUGGGCCUGCAGCUCGUGUUGAAAGACCCCAUUAAGCUGGGUCUCGGUCUCGGAAAGACGUUCCAGCCUCUCUCUGACUUUCCAUACUCGUGCCGUCGCAUCGAGGACACCAGGCUGCAAGCAUGCGAGGACAUGUGGCUGUCGGAGGCAACGCGCACGCUGUUCCUGGCCUGCUCCGACUCCCUGGCCCGUCAGCAGUGGAUGCCCAACGGUCAUCACUUCAACAUCUCGGGCCGCUCCACCCGGGAUGCUGUCGUCGCUUUAGACAUCGACAAGCCCAAGGAUGAGGGGUUCGAGUACCGCGCUCUUUCAACGCCCGGCUUCUCUGGUACCGCCGGCGAUGGCUUGCUUCAACUUGUGGGUUUGACGGGCAUUGAUGCAUCGGAGGACGGCAAAGUUGAGCUUCUCUUGGUCAACAACCGCCCUCCGGUAGAUGCUGUCACGGGCGAGCUGCUCAAGGAGGCCAAUGAAGGCGCCAAUGCUACAAUCGAGGUGUUUGAAAUCGCCCCCGCGGCGACGGAGAUGAAGCACAUCCGCACGUUUGCUAAUGCUAACAUCUCCACGCCAAACAACAUCGCCGCCCUCUCUAGCACUUCGUUUUACUUUACAAACGACAGUGGCGACAAGAAGAGGGGACUGGGAUUCUUCCUGAGCGGUUUCUUUGGUCACGGCGAUGUGUCCUACUGCUCUACUGAAGGAUGCAAGCGCAUAUCGACGCACCACAGAAUGCCCAACGGCCUGGUCCGCGGCCACGACGGGCUCAUCUACGUGCCCAGCGCCUUGGCCGGCGGCGUCCAGGUGUACAGGAUCAACCCGGAGACGGACGGGCUGGUCAAAGUCGCCGACAUCCCCGUGCCCUACGUCAUCGACAACCUGUCCGUGGACGGCAAGGGGGACAUCUACGCCGCGGUGUUUCCGCGCGGGAUAGAGAUUCUACAGGCCUCCGAGGACCCGCUGAACGCCAGGCCGAAGAGCGCUGCGGUGCGAAUUCGCAAGGAGACCGACGGCGAGUACGUGUGGGAGAAGGUGAUUGAGGACGGUAAAGGGGAGUUGCUUCCUGGUUCCACUACGGUGGUUCACGAUGCGAAGACCGGAAGGUUGUUCUUUGGCAGUGUGACUUCGCCAUUUAUUGCUGUGUGUGAGCCGAAGCCUUGA